CGUGGGGAAAAGGCAGGGAGGGGGUGGUGUCCCCAGCCGGUUUGGGGGGUGCGUUGCCCGGAGACGGAAAGUUUGGGAGCCCGAGCAGGCUCGGCUGCAGCCUCGGGGAGGGGGUCCAGCGGGUGGCGGCCCUGGGGAUGGGGAAGGAGCAGGAGCUGCUGGAGGCGGCCCGCACCGGGCACCUCCCGGCGGUGGAGAAGCUGCUGUCCGGGAAGCGGCUCUCCUCAGGCUUUGGGGGCGGCGGCGGCGGUGGCUCUGGGGGCGGCGGCGGCGGCGGCGGCAGCGGCGGCGGCGGCGGCCUCGGCUCUUCCAGCCACCCCCUCUCCAGUCUGCUCAGCAUGUGGAGAGGGCCAAAUGUGAACUGUGUUGACAGCACUGGCUACACACCCCUGCACCAUGCUGCUUUGAAUGGUCAUAAGGAUGUGGUCGAGGUUCUUCUGAGGAACGAUGCGCUGACCAACGUGGCUGACUCAAAAGGCUGCUACCCUCUGCAUUUGGCAGCCUGGAAAGGAGAUGCCCAGAUAGUGCGGUUGCUCAUCCAUCAAGGGCCUUCACACACCAGAGUCAAUGAACAGAAUGCUCUUGAGAUCAAAGAACUCAAAAAGUACGGCCCCUUUGACCCUUAUAUCAAUGCCAAGAACAAUGACAACGAGACGGCCCUGCAUUGUGCAGCGCAGUAUGGCCACACAGAGGUGGUGAAGGUGCUCUUAGAGGAGCUGACGGACCCCACCAUGCGCAACAACAAAUUCGAGACCCCUUUGGACCUGGCAGCACUGUACGGGCGACUGGAGGUGGUGAAAAUGCUCCUUAAUGCACACCCCAACCUCCUGAGCUGCAACACUAAGAAGCACACCCCUCUGCACUUGGCAGCAAGGAAUGGCCACAAAGCCGUGGUCCAGGUGCUCCUCGAUGCUGGCAUGGACAGCAACUACCAGACGGAGAUGGGCAGUGCUUUGCAUGAGGCUGCUUUGUUUGGCAAGACCGAUGUGGUGCAAAUCCUGCUGGCUGCAGGAAUUGACGUCAACAUAAAAGAUAACCAUGGACUGACUGCCCUAGACACUGUUCGGGAACUGCCUUCUCAAAAGAGCCAGCAAAUAGCAGCAUUAAUUGAAGAUCACAUGACUGGAAAAAGAAGUACAAAAGAAGUAGAUAAAACCCCCCAACCCCAGCCACCUCUCAUCUCCAGUAUGGACUCCAUAUCACAGAAGUCUCAGGGUGACGUGGAGAAAGCAGUGACUGAACUGAUUAUCGAUUUUGAUGCAAAUGCUGAAGAAGAGGGUCCCUACGAAGCUCUGUAUAAUGCCAUCUCCUGCCAUUCGUUGGACAGCAUGGCCAGCGGGCGAUCAUCUGACCGAGACUCCACGAACAAGGAGGCUGAGGCAGCAGGAGUGAAACCUGCUGGAGUGAGGCCUAGGGAACGUCCACCGCCUCCAGCAAAGCCACCACCCGAUGAAGAGGAAGAAGACCGCAUAGAUAAGAAGUAUUUUCCCUUGACAGCUUCUGAGGUUCUGUCCAUGAGACCUAGGAUUCAUGGGAGUGCAGCCCGGGAAGAAGACGAACACCCUUAUGAACUGUUGUUAACAGCAGAGACAAAGAAAGUGGUGUUGGUGGAUGGAAAAACAAAAGACCACAGGCGGAGCAGCAGCAGCCGGAGCCAGGACUCUGCGGAGGGGCAGGACGGGCAGGUCCCAGAGCAGUUCUCAGGCCUCCUCCACGGCUCCUCCCCGGUGUGCGAGGUGGGGCAGGACCCUUUCCAGCUGCUCUGUACCGCUGGCCAGAGCCAUCCAGACGGGUCCCCCCAGCAGGGCGCCUGCCACAAGGCCAGCAUGCAGCUGGAGGAGACGGGUGUGCAUGCUCCUGGAGCCUCCCAGCCCAGUGCCCUGGACCAGAGCAAGAGAGUGGGCUACCUCGCAGGCCUGCCCACCACCAACAGCCGCUCGCACCCUGAAACUUUGACUCACACAGCAUCUCCGCACCCUGGUGGUGCUGAGGAAGGAGACCGGAGUGGGGCCAGGAGCCGAGCCCCUCCCACUAGCAAACCCAAAGCUGAACUCAAACUCAGCCGCAGCUUGUCCAAGUCUGACUCUGAUCUCCUGACCUGCUCACCCACAGAGGACGCUACCAUGGGGAGUCGGAGUGAGUCCUUAUCCAACUGCAGCAUUGGGAAGAAAAGGCUAGAGAAGUCACCCUCCUUCGCCUCGGAGUGGGAUGAGAUUGAGAAAAUCAUGAGUUCUAUUGGAGAAGGGAUUGACUUUUCUCAGGAACGGCAGAAGAUCUCAGGUUCGCGGACGCUGGAGCAGAGUGUCGGGGAGUGGCUGGAGUCGAUUGGGCUGCAGCAGUAUGAGAGCAAGUUGCUUCUGAAUGGCUUUGACGAUGUCCGCUUCCUGGGGUCUAAUGUGAUGGAAGAGCAGGACCUGCGGGACAUCGGCAUCAGUGACCCACAGCACCGGCGGAAGCUGCUCCAGGCGGCACGCUCCCUACCCAAGGUGAAGGCUCUGGGUUAUGACGGGAACAGCCCCCCUAGCGUGCCCUCCUGGCUGGACUCCCUGGGGCUGCAGGACUACGUCCAUUCCUUCCUGUCAAGUGGCUACAGCUCCAUUGACACCGUGAAGAACCUCUGGGAGCUAGAGCUCGUCAAUGUCCUGAAGGUCCAGCUGCUCGGCCAUCGCAAGCGCAUCAUCGCCUCCCUCGCAGACAGGCCGUACGAGGAGCCGCCCCAGAAGCCCCCCAGAUUCUCCCAGCUGAGGAUGAGAAAGUGGAGGCCCAGCCUUGCUCUGGGAACCAAACACACAACUGACAUUCAGAUAUACACACUGAGAAGCCGGUGCCAAGAUUUGCUCUCCCAGACGUCAUCCCCGCUGAGUCAGAAUGAUUCCUGCACUGGGCGGUCGGCAGAUCUGCUGCUGCCUCCAGGGGACACAGGCAGGAGGCGCCAUGACAGUCUCCAUGACUCCGCGGCACCCUCCCGAGCGGAGCGCUUCAGGAUCCAGGAGGAGCACCGCGAGGCCAAGCUGACCCUGCGGCCCCCGAGCCUGGCAGCCCCCUACGCCCCAGUGCAGAGUUGGCAACACCAGCCAGAGAAACUCAUCUUCGAGUCCUGUGGUUAUGAAGCCAAUUAUCUGGGCUCCAUGCUGAUCAAAGAUCUGCGAGGGACAGAAUCCACGCAAGACGCCUGUGCCAAGAUGCGGAAAUCUACGGAGCACAUGAAGAAGAUCCCCACCAUCAUCCUGUCCAUCACAUACAAAGGUGUCAAGUUCAUCGAUGCCUCCAACAAGCAGAACGUCAUUGCAGAGCACGAGAUCCGGAACAUUUCCUGUGCGGCCCAGGACCCGGAGGACCUCUGUACCUUUGCCUACAUCACCAAGGACCUGCAGACCAGCCACCACUAUUGCCAUGUGUUCAGCACCGUGGAUGUGAACCUGACCUACGAGAUCAUCCUGACGCUGGGGCAGGCCUUCGAAGUGGCCUAUCAGUUGGCCCUGCAGGCCCAGAAGUCCAGGGCGACGGGCGCCUCUGCAGCUGAGAUGAUUGAAACAAAAUCUUCCAAACCGGUGCCUAAGCCUCGGGUCGGCGUGAGGAAAUCCACAGUGCCGCUGCCCCCCGAUAGUCGCUGUUGUUACUGUCACACCUGCACCACCCACCGUCCUUCCUACCUACCGCUGCCGUCUGUUAGUCCUGGAGUCAAGCUGGAACCACCUGAUAUGGACCAAGAUGCCCAAUCCCAUGCCAGUGUCUCCUGGGUUGUGGACCCCAAACCAGACUCUAAGCGGAGCCUCAGCACCAAGUAUGAGACCACUAUCUUCUAAAACAACCCACUCCCUGUCUCCACUAGUCUCACUGUGCCUUUGCCAUCCGAUCUUUCUGCUGUCCUCAACUCUCUCCUUCCAGCUGCUGAUGCCAAGGCCCCACCUGCACUGGGACCUGCUCCUCUUGGGCGGGCGGCAGCGUAGACGCUGUACACUUGCAGCUCUCGCACCUACCACCACCGAACACUGUGAAUUCUCCCCCUUGGGCUGAGGACAGCUUGAGGGGGUGAGUUGCCUUUGAGGUGGGCAUCAAGAGGGCUCAGGGGUUCUGUUGCACCCUGGAAGCCUCCACGGGCAGGCACUGUGAACCCCGACGGGCAGGGCAGUCUCCAGCAGGAUCCCAACGGCACUGAUAGCUCCCCAGGGUUGGGCUGGGCUCUGUGUGGCUCCCUCCUCCUGUCUGCUGUACUGAGCCACAGCUGGGCACCGUUGCCAAGAGCUAGCUGACUGUUCUCACCUCUCCUGAACCAACCAACCACUGUGACCACCCAGUGCCAGAGUCCCCAGCACUCUGCUCACAGCCGGCCUGCAGCCCCACCCCACUGUCCUCCGCUACUCCGAGGUGCUGGCCUCACUCUCAUGGCUAGGCCCUUGUGAGACCUUGAGCUCAGUGAUGUGGCUGGACCAGGGACAGACUGCUUUCUGUGAGGGCCCAAGAUAUGCGCCAGGCCCUUGGGGCCGUGCUGACUGCCCCACUUGGGGCUCUGGGUAUCUGAACACUCACAGGCUGGCUCACACAGCAGGUGUCUCAGUCCUGAUGGGCCUUCCCCUCCAAGGAGGGUGGUGGCACGUGUGUGGAGAGCCCCUCUAUCUUCGCCAUGGAGUCUCAAGGCCUGGCAGCCUUGGGCCUGGCUCUGGAGUCUCUAGCUCACUGAGGAGGAAGGCCUUCCGUAGAACCAACGAGGAGGCGGCCUGUGCCCUGCACACACGGCGCACCUUCUUCCCUCACAGAACAGAGCUGCUGGAGGACAGGGACCUGGACCAAGUGGCCUCCAUUGUCCUCUGGGAGCUUUCUGACAUUCUCCACGGUGGGGGAUCACAGAUAGACAGCGCCGUCCAGCGCGCCCCUGACCGCCUCCCUCAGCCUCCUGACUCCUCCGAAAGGAGAGGCCGUCCCAUCGCAGCAGCUUAGCAGCUGGGAUGGUGGAGCUGAGUCUUUGAAGAGACACCCCAUUCUCCAGUGUGGGCAAAUCAGUUUGGAUGGCAGGAGACAGGAAGGAAGCGGUGCCCAUAGGCAGCCGUGCACACAUAGCAGAGUCCACUAGGAAAGCCAGUCGGCCAGGGCAGUCAAAACCCAAGUCGAUAAACUGGGUGGGUCCUGCGCACCCACCCAUCCUUGUGCCUUCCUGAGCAGAGUCACUGAGCCAGAGGCAGUGGGGGCUGCGGGCUGUGGGUGCUCAAAGCAGGCAUGGAGGGUGCCCAGGGGAGGCUGUGAGGGAUCGUCUGUCCUGCUCUGUGUUUCCUUUCCAUUUCCUCCACCGUCCGCAGGCCCCAUUGGUUAACCCUUUCCUCCCCCCAUUGUUUGCUUCUGCCAAGCUGAGCCACUGAGGAACCACACUGUGCUGCGGAAACAUAGACGUGGGGGCAUAGGCUCCCACUGCCACCACCGCCAUCGCCUCACCUGCAGCUUUGAAGACCCAGGCCUCACCUCCGCCUGCAGGACCUCCUCUUGGCCACUUGGCCUGGGCCUGCCACCACCACGUCCUGCAGAACGAGCCCUGCCUUGGCUGUGGAGAAGCACUCCAGGCCGCUAGCAGAUGGGACUGGCAUUCCAGAGGGUCAAGAAGUGACUUGUUCAGAACACAUUGUUUUUAAAAGAAAAAAAAUCUUUUUAUAAAAUGAACUUUUAACACUUGGCUCAAACCUCUAGGUCAUACUGCCAAUCUUUAGACAAAUGGCCAUGGGGCAGAGGACAGGGGAGCUGAGGUUGGUUCAGAGGCCAGCCUGCAUAGCCUCUGUCCUCAGGACGGAACUUGGGUGCAGCUCAGUGGGUCGGAAGAGAAGGCGGUAGCCUGUGGGUGAGGGGAACGGAGCAGGCUCAGGCAGAAUUGAGUACAGUGCGUCUGCUCUUCAAACCCAACCAUAUCAGCUGCUGCUCUUUAUGAACUGCCCAACUUCCUGUUCCUUUCAGGGGCUGGACACAGGCUUCUCGUAAGAACACAGCCUUAGAGGCACCUGAGCAACUCAAAGGUUUCCGGACCAUUUCUGGGGUUCCUGAUGGGAAGGUUCGGUGGCCAAAUGAAGAUAAGUGUGCAGUUUCUAGUGCUGGGAAGUCUUAGCCAGCACUAGAGCACCAGGCCUCUCCCUGGCCUCUUACCUGUCAGUGAUCGGAGCACUGCCCUGGGCUGGCCGGCGCCGUACUGCCUGCGUUGUGUCAGAGAACAGGAAAAGCAGCUUUGUUUGGGGCAUUAAUGUUUGGAGUAGGGUCAGCUAAGGUUGCUACUUGCCAAUUUGUGAUUUGUCUAAUCAGCCUGUGUGAUUGGGGCUCAUUUUGAUUCUCUGAAUUAUCGGUUUGACGGUUACUCUCUCGGCUGCUGGGCCCAUCCCUGGCCCCCAGUGUGGAAAAGGCUAAAUAAGGUGACAGUGCAUCGAUGCUCCCCCGUGUGGCCUUUGGGGCAGGCUGGCAUCCGGGUGCGCCUCUGCUUCUUAAGCUUUCCUGCUGCUCGCUUUGCUUUUAAAAGUAACUUGGGUUGCAUUCUUCCCUCUGGACUAGAGUAGAAGUGCAGGGGAAACUGCUGUGCAUUUGAGAGGCAAAGCUGGCUCAGCUGUGUGCCCAGUUCCUCCUGUGGGCACUUUAGCAGGCUCCGAGCUUUCCUGGCAUAGGUCAUUCAGGUCCCAGGAUGAAUAAUCCAGGCUUCAGCAACACUCCUCUUUCCCAGCAAAGGCUGUGAAUUUGAAUUCUUUGUUGGUAUGUAUGUGCAGGGAGUACUGUUAGGCACAUUCUUAACCCAUGUGGUUGGCCAGAAAUCAGAAGUGGGGCUGUGUCUCUGGCUGGCUAGAGGCCAGGCCUUGUGGGUUUCUAUCUGCUAAGCACCCAGCAGGUUGGGGCCUGGGACUCAGCUCUCUCUGCGGUAGAGGCAGGCCCUUCUCCACUUCUUGGUACUAAACGAAGAUCUCGACACCUUGCAGUUUUACUUCAUUUCCUGCUCCUUUCAGGGCCUGUGAGGAUUCCCAUGAGCUACCGCUGUACAGUUCUCGGCCCCGGUUUUCUUCCAAGAGUUGACCAGGAACGCUAAAGCAUCAAGAGUAGACUGCGCUGCCACUGCACGCAUUCUGGUGCCCGUCUUCCUCCUAAGGGGCCAGGCCACAUCCAAGUGGGCCUCUGUCGGGGGGCGGUAGGUCCGAAAGAAACCGCAGACACUAAGAUGCACUCCUCAAGCUGUCUUUUGUGCUUAGAUCAUCCAUAGGUGUUUCUUCUGCUUGAAGCUGCUAUAUCAUCUUUAUUUAUUCAGGGUAUUUUCAUAUUGGAAGCCUUGGCUAGUCUGCUCUAGCUCUGGGUUCUGUUUAGAGAUUGGUUUAUUUCUGAAUAUUCAAGAAAGGAAAAUGGGCCUUUCUUUGUUUCUUUUCUUCUCCUCUGGGAUAGGUAGUCUCCCUUUCCUAGAAAGGUUAUUGUAACUUUAAGGACAGGCUUCAAGUGGGAAGGCCCCUACUUUUGCACUUCUCCAAGUGCAGGUCACACCAGGGGCAGACCCUGUCGCUGCGUUUCUGAACUGUGAAGGAGCCCAUUCAGGUGGGAGACUUCAGAUGGGCUCAGUACCUGUCCCAGCCACAGGCUUCUUGUCCACCUCUUCUCCCCUGCCCACCAGCUGCUCAGCGCGUAAGACCUUCCCGACAGGCUCUGCGUGUGCAGCUCUCUGCGUCCCUCCUGGGCCCUCCAGCGUCAGACACUAAUGGGAGUUCCCGAGAUGCUUGGGUUUGAGCAGGGAGCAGGCAGAGCUGCAGUCAGAGACAUUAGAAAACCAGUCUGAAUGGGGUCUGUCUUUGAGAUGCCCAGGCCAGCAGAAAGCAGCUCAGAAGUAUUGUUGCUCAUGGUGUGGCAAUGGACUGAACUGUAAUGAAAAUGUUAUUUAAUCUUUGUCUCUGUAUUUUGAUACUUGAAUGACUUUCCCUUUUGUUUUACUGUAUAUAAAAUUGUUAAUCUGUCUGAUUUUGUCUGAAUUAUAAACAUUUUGAGGUACCAAACAUAACCAAUCUGUGCAACAACAUAGACUGACCUCACUACCCAAGAGAGUGUAAAUAUUUCUGGGCUUCCAGCUUUGGUUUUGUUAUUUUCAUAACUGUACACAACUUAGAACAGACUGAAUUAAUAAAUGAGAAGCGACAUGAACGCAGCCUUAA